UGGAAGGUCCGACCUUUUCUGUUUUGACGUUUCUUUGAUUAUGAUCCGACUCUUGUUUUGCGGACCAAAGCGAAUUGAACUUCUGGAUAUUUUAAAUGUUUAUGAAGAUGCUUUCGAUGUGAAGCUUAACAAGAUAGUUGGAAGUGGACUCUUGCCUUGUCAUGUCUGACGUUGAAGUGAUCUGUCCCACUGUGGCUGAGCUGAUGGAGUUACCACAACGAAAUGUUCCCUGUACAGUGGAAGGCUGCGAUAAAUUGCUGGCGACAACAGCAGCUCGUAAAAUGCAUGUCAUCAAGCGCCAUGGAAUAUACCAGGAUAACUCAGACAAGAAUAUGUUCUCCAAUCAUCCCCAAUCCAAGACUGUAGCCGUCAAAAAGCACUUCUGUUGCCCUGUUAAGGAUUGCAAUCGUAACAGAAAUGGGAGCAAUCCAUUCACAAAGUUGUGGUCACUAAAACAGCAUUAUCAGCAAGUUCAUGGAGAGAGGCACUACUUAUGCAGCAAGUGCGACUUCCCGUUUGCCUUCGAGAUCCAACGUCUUAAACAUGAGAAGAAGUGUGGCAUGGUAUACACAUGCUCAGACUGCAAUGUUCCCUUCACAACCAGACAAGCACUGUGUAUGCACGCUAAGAGGAAACAACACAGAUUGCCGGUAACUGGAAAGACUGCAGGGGCAGCAUCAUCCCAACAAAAUGCCAACAAAAGAGAAACAUUAGAAAAUACUCCCUCGUCUUCAUCUGCAGAAACUAUUCCGACCCUUCGGAAGAUAGUAACAAUCCCUAUCCCUGCAGGUAGUCUACCACGCCUCAUUACAACCCCAGAACCACUACAGACUAUUGAAACCUCCUCCUCAACAGUGAUUAAGACUCCUCUUAAGAAGUCACCGACAAAGAAGCACUCGAAGACGGAGCGCUUUCUGCUGCCCAAACCAUCCAUACUCAGUGUCCACAGAGCCGCUGCGUUGCAUCCACACACCACACAGAUUGUGACUAUCAACAAGGGGUUAGUUACAAGCGUCCCACUCUCAAUAGCUCCCGGCCCUCCCGCCAAGAAGCUGAAGAAAACACUCUCAACUCAGACAUGUGGAUUCAAAGGGAGCGUAGCUUCACUCAGUAAAGGGGUUAGUAUUCCACAAGGAGGCAUUCAUUCAGCAUCGCAUCCAAGGGGAAAUAGCAACAGUACAAGGAUUUUUAGAGAUUUAGGAAUGAACACACAGCUGAACAGUUUGGCCAACUGUGAGACCCAGACUGUUGUAAAGCAGAGUACUGCACAUACACAAACACCGGGUGAUGUCAUCAUGUGUGAAGCUCUCCUGUCGGCAAAUAUAGAGACACAAAAUCAACAACAACAACUGCGGUUUCCUGAGUUGCAGCAGCAGUAUCAAGGAAAUCCAUCACAGCAGUUACACCAAGGCAUUCCAGCCUUCACGAGGCAAACUCAAACAAACCAGCCACUCCAUGUGGAAGCAUCUUGUUCUCUCCCAAGCAGUGUGAGCAUCGCAGGUCUGGAGCCGCUUCAGGUUCCUCAAUACACGAUGCAAACACAAACCCAAUUCAGCACCAACACCACAACCAACUCUGAUGUUCAAACAGAAAGCUGGCUCUCCUCCUUGGUGAACAACCAAGGUACUUUCACACACAAGGCCGGUGUUCCCACACAGACUGAUCUCAGCUUUCUCGACUUCCUGAAUCUAAACAAUUCUGAAACCCAAACAGUACUUAGCCACUCAACUCUUGAGGCAUCAGCAUCUACCUUGAGCACAUCAACACAGACCUAUCGUCAUCCUGCAAGUUCCAAUCUAACAGAGACCAGCAUUCAAACGAUAAUGCCCCAGCCUCAGGUCUCUGAUAAUGGUAAUAUCCCCCAGAGUACAAUGGAGACGCAGACAAACUUCUACAGCGCCUGCUUGGACGCUCUUCUACUCAAUGAAUCACAGAGUCAGACAAGUCCCGCUAGAACUUUUAAUGAUGAUUUGGAAUCCUGCUGCCAGCAGACACAGACCCUGUCACAUAUCCCUCAAACAGAUCACCAACAAACCCAGACAUCACUUCCAAACCUCAACAUCAGUAACAGCGACUUCCUGCUACUGGACAUGUACACACAGACAGCACAGCGAGGUCUACAGAACUCCUCAUUGCAAACUCAGACAGAUCCGUUUCUUGAAUACAGCCUCUCCAGCAUGCAGACCCAAACAAUGGCAGACUUUGAUAUUGGGGCAUUUGAUUUCCAUUCAAUAUCUGUGCAGACCGACUCUCAGCUGGUCAGUGAUCCUGUCAACCAAUUGACCAAUACAAAUACUACACAGGUACAGACCCAGACUAGCAAUUUGAAGCCUGCCGGAGGAGACACUGCGGCCAGGGAUGUGCAAACUGAAACGGAUCGUAUGGAACGACUGUAUGAUAUGUGUUCAGUGGCAUUUACUGACAACCACACUCAAACAGGGUAAGGCGAAGGUUGUGGUAAUGGCAAGGGAAUCACCAGCCAUUAUUUCAUAUUUUUAUUCUCCAGCACAUGCAUAACAACCACAUAAUAUGGGCCAGAGUUUUUCUGUGGAUACCAUUAAAGUUUUGUUGUGCCUGGUCUAAUUGCAACCCCUCUGUAUUCAAGAUAUUGUUUCUCUUAAAGCAAUAAAUGCUUAGUUUGUCUUUAAUUAUCAUGAAAAGCCUGCCAAAGUAGCUUUUGCUAGUAUUUAUACAUGUAGAAUAGCAUAGUAUGAUUUAUUUAUUUGAAUUAUUAAAAAAACUAAAAGGCUGACACUAUUAAAAUUCACAAAGCUAAAGAUAUACACAUUUACAAAAAUAUUCAAACAUAUCUCAACAAAAUAAGAAACAAAAUCUUAUGGUCACAUACACAAUUAUAGUUAAGUUAUCGCUCAAGGAUACUGGUGUCAUGAUUGGGAUUUGAACCCACACCCUGAUGUCUUUCCAACCAGAACUCGGGUUUGGGGCAGUCGCAGAGACCAUUUGGCCUACAAAAUUGCUUUACCGAUACCAGCUGAAAUACCAAAUGAUUUAUACUUUAUGAGUAGUGCCUUGCUAAAAUAAUAGGCGCUGAGUAGGUCUUAAACAUGCCUUACAAACCGGCAGGGUCGUGGACAUGUGAUGGACCGACUCUGCAAGAUUUUAAAUACCGAUAUGAGCCCUUUUUUGUUUAAAAGCAUUAUAAUUUAGGAAAAUCUGUAAAACGUUUUAUGUUUUGUAGAUUUUGCAGUGCGUAACUUUAUGUAUUGAUUGCAUUACACAAAUUUGUGCUUGUGCAAGCUAGAGUGCCAAUGCGUGUAUAGUUUAGAGCACCGAAUGCGUAUUCACAGUUUCAUGUCUUCAUCACCUGCUUAAAACCAGUCUUAAAGACACUAGAUAGUUGACACCUUUGUUAAUUGUCAAAGACCAGUC